ACAAAUGAAAUACGGCAACGUCACGCACGUAUUGAAGUGGUAGAGUGAUUGUUCAUUCGGCGUUCUGAAAAACUAGUAAAUUUACAAAUUGUAAUUUUAAUUUUAACUGAAAAUGGCAGAUAGUAAAGGUAAUCCUGAUGAUUUAUCGACCGCGAUCCUGCGCCGCAAGGACAGACCGAACCGCCUCAUCGUGGAGGAGGCAGUCAGCGAUGACAACUCCGUGGUGGCUCUAUCACAGGCAAAAAUGGAGCAGCUUCAGCUGUUCCGUGGUGACACCGUAUUACUGAAGGGCAAGCGUCGCAAGGAGACAGUCUGCAUCGUGCUGUCAGAUGACAACUGCCCCGACGAGAAGAUCCGCAUGAACCGUGUGGUGCGCAACAACCUGCGCGUGCGACUCUCCGACGUUGUGUCCAUCGCGCCCUGCCCGUCCGUUAAGUACGGCAAGCGUGUGCAUAUACUGCCCAUCGAUGAUUCCGUUGAAGGUUUGACUGGCAACCUGUUCGAAGUAUACUUGAAGCCGUACUUCAUGGAGGCAUACAGGCCGAUUCAUCGCGAUGACACCUUCAUGGUUCGCGGUGGUAUGCGUGCCGUCGAGUUCAAGGUGGUGGAGACUGACCCGUCGCCCUACUGCAUCGUCUCUCCCGAUACUGUCAUACACUGUGAAGGCGACCCAAUUAAACGCGAGGAAGAGGAGGAGGCUCUGAAUGCGGUCGGCUACGACGACAUCGGCGGAUGCCGCAAGCAGCUCGCUCAGAUCAAGGAGAUGGUGGAGUUGCCGCUGCGCCACCCCUCCCUGUUCAAGGCCAUCGGUGUGAAGCCGCCGCGAGGCAUCCUCAUGUACGGCCCGCCUGGUACUGGAAAGACCCUCAUCGCUCGCGCUGUUGCUAACGAGACAGGCGCUUUCUUCUUCUUGAUCAACGGACCUGAGAUCAUGUCGAAGCUGGCCGGAGAGUCGGAGUCUAACCUGCGCAAGGCGUUCGAGGAGGCCGACAAGAACUCUCCCGCCAUCAUCUUCAUCGACGAGCUGGACGCCAUCGCGCCCAAGAGGGAGAAGACUCACGGAGAGGUGGAGCGCAGGAUCGUGUCCCAGCUGCUCACUCUCAUGGAUGGUAUGAAGAAAUCAUCCCACGUAAUUGUAAUGGCGGCGACUAACCGACCCAACUCGAUCGACCCCGCCCUGCGUCGUUUCGGUCGGUUCGACCGCGAGAUCGACAUCGGCAUUCCCGACGCCACCGGACGUCUCGAGAUCCUGCGCAUUCACACCAAGAACAUGAAGCUUGGUGACGACGUCGAUCUAGAACAGAUCGCUGCCGAGUCUCACGGCCACGUGGGCGCUGACUUGGCCUCGUUGUGCUCGGAGGCUGCUCUGCAACAGAUUCGUGAGAAGAUGGAUCUCAUCGAUCUCGAGGAUGACCAAAUUGACGCCGAGGUGCUCAACUCACUCGCCGUCUCCAUGGACAACUUCCGGUACGCCAUGACGAAGUCCUCUCCGUCGGCGCUGCGCGAGACGGUGGUGGAGGUCCCGAACGUGACGUGGGGCGACAUCGGCGGCCUGCAGAACGUCAAGCGCGAGCUGCAGGAGCUCGUGCAGUACCCCGUGGAACACCCCGACAAGUUCCUCAAGUUCGGCAUGCAGCCCUCGCGCGGAGUGCUCUUCUACGGACCGCCUGGAUGCGGCAAAACUCUGUUGGCCAAGGCCAUUGCCAACGAAUGCCAGGCUAACUUCAUCUCAGUGAAAGGCCCAGAACUACUGACCAUGUGGUUCGGUGAGUCCGAGGCUAACGUGCGUGACAUCUUCGACAAGGCCCGAUCAGCGUCGCCGUGUGUGUUGUUCUUCGACGAGCUGGACUCGAUCGCCAAGUCCCGCGGCGGGUCCGUGUCCGACGCCGGCGGCGCCGCCGACCGCGUCAUCAACCAGAUCCUGACUGAGAUGGACGGCAUGGGCGCCAAGAAGAACGUCUUCAUCAUCGGCGCUACUAACAGGCCGGACAUCAUCGACCCGGCCAUCCUCCGGCCCGGGCGUCUGGACCAGCUGAUCUACAUCCCGCUGCCCGACGAGAAGUCGCGUGAGGCCAUCCUGCGCGCCAACCUGCGCAAGUCGCCCAUUGCUAAGGAUGUUGAUCUCUCAUACAUCGCCAAGGUGACACAGGGUUUCAGUGGCGCGGACCUGACGGAGAUCUGCCAGCGCGCGUGCAAGCUCGCCAUCCGCCAGGCCAUCGAGGCCGAGAUCCAGCGCGAGCGGACCCGCCAGCAACAGACUGCCGCCGCCGUCAUGGAUAUGGACGAAGAAGACCCAGUGCCGGAGAUCAGUCGCGCUCACUUCGAGGAGGCGAUGAAGUUCGCUCGUCGCUCCGUGUCCGACAACGACAUCCGCAAGUACGAGAUGUUCGCGCAGACGCUGCAGCAGAGCCGGGGAUUCGGCACCAACUUCAGGUUCCCGGCGUCGGGCGGCGCGGCGGGCGGGACGGGCACGUCGGGCGGGGACCAGCCCACCUUCCAGGAGGAGGGCGGCGACGACGACCUCUACAGCUAAGCGCGCGGCCGCGGCCGCUCCGCACGAGGACAUGUCUCGACAGGCUCACACCGUACCGAGCUUGUACAUACAGUUUUAAUUAAAAUAAUAAAGCUCUAGGACUGACCUAACCUUCUUAAGAUAUAUCGGUUCAACUAUGUGAGGGGUGUCUCGGACUCGGAAGCGGCCGAUUGGUUCUAGUGGGCAGCCCUCUCGCUACGAGAGAUCUAUUAUUAAAAAAUCGAUGCGCACGAGCGUGCGCGUCGCGGUCGAUUAAAUUUCUACCAAUCUGUGUCUAAUAUGUAAAUGUAUUUAUUUUAUAAUUGCAUCAUUCGAUAGCAUUUGUUUCUGUUCCGAUUUGCUUAUGUUUAGUUGUAAUUGAAUAAAUAAUGUGUAUGUACAGCUCGCCUCAGCGGCGAGCAAGUAAGAUCAUAUGAUAUAGAGUAAUUGUUAAACUUUUCUGCAUUUGCCAGAUCCUGUGCGUAGGCGGUGUCGGUGCGGAUGCCUCGGCAACCACGCCGACCAAACAUAAUAUUACAGUGAUUUUUUAAUAAAAGAUUUUUAUAGACUACACA